AGAAAACUUUGAAUGACAGAAGUUAAAACCAUGAAAACCCCGUUAGGUUGAAUGCUAACCUAGCUAAUGUUAGGUGGUUUGACAGGCCCGACUGAACAGCAGCGUUUCAGCAGGAAUGGGAACACAGCACGGAAAUGCUAAAUGUUUACAGCCUGUACCUCCUCGGUAUAUUUGCCAGUAUUGUUAUUUCAGUUUAUUUUAAUGCAGUUACUCAGGGAAUUUGUGAAAGAAACUUAAAACUGUGAGGAGGCCGGUCUGCUGACGUUUCCGACGAUGGCUGCUAUCAGAAAGAAGUUGGUGAUAGUUGGGGAUGGUGCAUGUGGGAAAACUUGCCUGCUCAUCGUCUUCAGCAAAGACCAGUUCCCAGAAGUCUAUGUCCCCACUGUGUUUGAGAACUAUGUGGCAGACAUUGAGGUGGAUGGGAAACAGGUUGAGCUGGCACUUUGGGAUACAGCAGGUCAGGAAGACUACGACAGACUGCGGCCACUCUCUUACCCUGACACUGAUGUUAUUCUUAUGUGCUUCUCUGUAGACAGCCCUGACAGUUUAGAAAAUAUUCCUGAGAAAUGGACACCUGAAGUGAAACACUUCUGUCCAAAUGUUCCAAUCAUCCUGGUGGGCAAUAAAAAGGACCUGCGCAAUGAUGAGCACACCAGGCGAGAGCUUGCCAAAAUGAAACAGGAGCCAGUUAAAUAUGAAGAUGGCAAAGAAAUGGCAAACCGCAUCUCUGCUUACGGCUACCAGGAGUGUUCUGCCAAAACCAAAGAUGGUGUAAGGGAAGUCUUUGAGAUGGCUACUAGGGCAGCACUGCAGGCCAAGAAACGUGGCAAGAAGUCCACUUGCCUUCUGUUAUAGGCUCUGGGACACCAAGGAGCUGCCGCCAUCACACAUGAGAGGGCAGCUUCCGUUGAGAUUUGACAAAGGGGGGAGAAUAUUGGGGAGGGCCCUGAAAAGUUUUGCAGAUGCUCAAUUUGUGAUCACCCAGUUAUCUUCAUCAAAUUAAAGCAGAUCUUUAACGAUUCGAUAGGCUUCUACACGUCAAUCCUUGGUCUCUACAUUGGGCUACAUACCAUUUCGCUUGCUUUUAUCAAACAUCUUUUUGAUCUGGGAAUCUCCAGGGCAGUUGGUGGGGGUGAUUCAAAGAUGAGUAGAUGUAAACUUGUUACAAUGUGCCAUGAUUAGAAUGAAGCUAGAAACGGUCAUUACUGGGGACAUUGGAAAGAAAGAUGGAUAAAAUACAUAAAUGUAAAAUAGGUUUGAAUUAAGACCAUGUCUAAGUGGAUUUUACACAGUAUCGCCUACAUGUAGUGCCUUGAGAGCAGGAGUCAAGAAGAGUAAGUUGUGGGGUUGGGAUUCAUAAUUUCAGAUGGGGUAUUAUUUUGUCAUUUGUAGUGUCAACACAUCACAUUUUGUGAAUGCCUUCUCCCUGUCAUUGACUUGGCUCCUUCAGGCUCAUAUUCUGACUCAGGCGCUAUGCAGGGGUAUGCCUAAACUAGAUUGUAUGAGAUAUUUUUCCCAUACUGAAUUACUUACCUGUAGUUAAGAGUGUGUGCGGGUGUGAGUACGUGAGUGUGUGCAACUGUAUGGUGGUUUGUUUUCUCCAGUGCAGGUCUGCAUGCAGUGAAUGUGUGUUACUUAGUGUGAGUGUGUAUUAACAAGUGUCCAUGUACUGUAUUCAUGGAAAGGCCUUCUGCGUCACUGACCUAACUCCUUGUUUCCAUGCCAAAGUUACCCCUGACAACCACAUUUUAUGGCUCAGAUGGGUAAUGGAAUUAACAGCUACUCAGAGUGACACAGAAACCUUCACUUUACUGGAAGACAUUGUACUACACAUAGAGGCACAAUCAGGUUAAACAUAUUAUGACUUUGUAGGACCUUUUUUUUUUUUUUUUUUUUUUUUUUUUUUUUUUUUUUUUUUUUUUUGAGUGUACUAGCGAUUCAUUUGAUUGUGUUAAUCAGUGGGUCAAAUCACGAGUGGUGUAGUUGAUAAGUUGAAUAUUCUUUCUUUAGAUAAUAGGCUUAUAAUAUUACUAUAAUGUCCAUUAUGUACUGUAUGUCUUACAAGGCCUUGUAAGGACAUGUUAUUGAUGUGUAUUUCAAGUUUGCCUGUUUUGCAAUCUUCCCCAUCUCAUGAAAUCGUCAUUAUUGUACUAUAACUUUAAUGUUGGUGUCUCUAAUUUUCUUAUCAUAUUUUAAUCAUUUUACUUAAUCCUGCUGUUAUGAUCAGCUCCUGUCAGUUAAAUGAUAAAUAAAUUGUAACUGUAGAAUUGUUUUGUUUUACUAAUUAAAGGUCAACCUUAGGGUGCAUGGCUGGACAGUUUUGGGGUGGGCUGCUAAAGCAGCUAUUUUCCUAUACUUUCUUUUUCUUUUUUUGUACUGUGACAUAUUAGGAUUUCUGGAUUUUCCAAAUAAAGGUGACAUUGGGGUUUUCUGUUGUAAGGUA